AGGCAAACAAAUACACACAAAUACUACUUUGGCUUCAAUGUUAGUUCAGUUUAUAAAUGGUUGUGCUUUGCUUUAUUUUGAAAGUAAUAACCGGAACAUACACGUCGUGCUGGCUCACUUGACCGUGGUUUAGAGGCUAGUCAGUCGGCUUGUUCGGCGCUGACUAGUCUAGCCUGUCAACAACACUGCAACCUGAGACGGGAUAGCUUUAAACCAGCUAAGUUAGCUACUCUGCUAGCCCCCGUGUUAACCAACUGUCACGACUCGUAAUUGUUCCUCUCAGUUGGAAAGAUGUGUUGUGUCUGAAGUCGUUUCGACAAAAGAAGAGGCCAAACGGACUUUCUCAUUUGCCUUAAUCGCAGCAGUCUCGACGAGUGAAAGCUUGUGUGCUUUGUUGACACUCUUAAGGCUCCUUCAACUCCUUCCCCCUGUGUGAUAUGAAAUCGCUGCUUGGUUACAACAGAAGCCAGAGCUCUACAGCAGACGGUGGACAUCUGGUCAGGUGCCGUUGAAGAGGCUGGCUGCUCAGGUAGAAGCUCAGACGGGGGAGGUAGGGAGAUCAGUGGUGGGACGACGACUUCACCUGAGCCCCCUGACUGACUCCAGCAAUAUGAGCCUCAUCGAGAUCCCUUCCAUCAACCAGUCCCAUAUCCUCUCUCCAGAACCUAACAAACCAGUCCCAGGCCCCAAGCCACGGCUCACUCCCAAACCUUUCGCCGUGGAGAGAAACCCCACUAUUAAACCCAUACUUGCUCCCAAGCCCCAAACCAAGCCUCGACCAGAGUCCACUCGCCUUCCUGGAUGCAAACCAGAGCCUCCGUUCAGUCCAGUAUCACCGGAACCAGUUGCCACAGGCAAAGCCAGCCCAGCGUCAAUUAACCCCAACCGACCAUGCCCUACCUUUUAUAAAAGCCCUAAUAAGUUGAACACUGGACAAACAACCAAGCCAAUAGUCCAGCCAUUUAAACCCACCCCUCCUCUCGACCCUGGAGACUCUAGCAAACCCACCCCCCCUGUAACCGCAUUGAGGAAGAAGCCCGGCUCAUCAAACUUGGCCUAUUCCAAGAGCCUUAAACAACCUCCAGCUGCAGAGUGGUCUGGAAACACUAAAACCAAAGAUGAAACGAAGCCGAUGAGAUCCAGCAAAUGUGGGGUCUCCAUUACCAGAGCCAAGUCCAUGGGGUUUCUCAAUCUGGUGGGGCAGGAGGAAGAAGAAGAAGAAAAGGAAAAAGCUAACCCUGCGGCCGCAGCACCACUGCGGCCGCAGCCCAGAGGCUCCAGGCCCAGACCUGUGUCAGCCAUUUUCCUCGACAGUCCACCCAAGACCGAGACCCCAGUUCCCGCCCCUCGCUCUGCAAGACGGCCGCUUUCCGCUGAUCUCACGGCCAAGUUUGAGUCAAUCGGUCUGUCGCUGCACCGUCCAUCUCCCAAGGCAAAUACUAAGGAGAACACUCCAGAGGAGAAGGCGCUGCCACAGAAGAGAGAGCAGGAGAAAACCCCAAAGAGUCCCACGCCACAAAGCACCGACGGUGUAGCUCAGCCCGCUGUCUCAGACCAAAGCAACAAGAAGGCCGAGGAAAAGACUGUGAAAGAAACGGAUGAUGAAGAGAAGCGGGCAGUUAGCAUCAAGUCACGAAUCAGUCUCCUCCUCGAUUCAUCCUCCUCUCCCGGGACCGGCGUCGCAGGCCAGGGGUCAGAGCUGCACUCGCCAGUGCAGCCCGUCCCUGAAACCGAACCACAAGUGGGCGUCAAACAGCUCAUCAAGCAGCUGAUAGAGGACACAACACCAACUCAGAGCCCUGUUGUGAAACUACCACUGAAGCCCCGCCCCUUGCCCCUCGACCUGACUAAAAGGUUUUCAACCGAGAGGUCGCCAGACCUUGGCAGUGUUUCCCUCAGUGAGGCAACAGACCGCCAUGAGAUCAGCAAAGAUCCUCAGAGGAGGAUUGAAGAGCCGGCUAUCACCCCCAGUGACCAGAGGACAUUCGCGGAUUUGAAAGACUCCCAAGAGCCGCUCAAAAAGGCUUCCGCGCCUGAAGGGCCAGAGGCGGGACAGACGUUUGGCGCCGCUUUCAAGGAAAGUAGUCCCAGCAGUGACUUGCAGACAGUGAGAGCGUCGUUGUUUGAAAACGUCGUGGAGAGGCACAGCGUGCUGAUGGUGGAGGAGGGCCAGCCUGCAAACGCAGCCAGUGAUUCGCUCAGCAGCCCGUCAUUUAAACGAGGAAAUGGCGAGGAUGAUGGAACUCUGGUCACUGCCACCUACAGGGAGCCUGUAUCUCCGUCAUGCCUUCUGCAGGUGUUCCAUGCCUUUGACACUGUGCAGGCUGUGGAAGAGAACAGGGCAGUGAGUGAGAACAUCCCAUCAGCCCAGUGGGAGGAUAAGGCCAUGACGCUGCGCUCCAGGCGCUCCGAAGGGAGCAGGCCGGUGACGGAGAGGACUGGUUCAGCACCGUGUGAACCAGCUUUGGCUGCGAUGCCGGAACCGCAGCCUCGAUAUCUGAGAGUCGGAGCUUUGCCCAAGUGGACCACCGCAAGUCUCAAACGAGAGGAAAGUGUGGAGAAAGGGAUGCUAAAGGGAUCACAAAGGGAAGGACAAGUGGCUCUGGAUCAAGACCGAGACAGGCAGAGAGAGGCAGAACAGGAGGAGGUGGCUGCAGCUCCUAAACGUUUGAAAAUGCUGCAGACAGAAGAGCAGCUGAAACCCAGGGCAACCUACUUUGCUCUGACUGGACAAAUACAGGAGCCAGUUUCUCCUUUGGCUGCAGGAGGAAACGUAGGGGGGGACACGGCCGGGCCCUUUGGUAAUUUCUCUGUGACGUCGGCAGCGGUCGGCUCUCAAGGGAAGGUUCUGCCAAUGAGGAGGAAUCCAUCAUUAGAUAAAGCUUUCGGGAAAAACUCUCACGAUCAAGUUGAGGAGUUGAUGAUGAGGAGCCACAGGGAGGUCAGGUCAGCGUCGGACGGACAGACGACCGAGGAUUUGAUGGAAGUUGAAAAGAAAAGGGAACUUAAAAAGGAGACCGAAAGACACAUGGCAAGAAUGAAAGAGUUUGAGAGGGAAAAACAGCGGCAGCUGGAAAUGGAGAAAGAAGCACAUUUAGAAUUUGCACGAAUGAAGGAGAGGGAGCUGCAGAGAGAAUUUGAACGGCAAAGACAGAAAGCCUUCGAGAAGGAGAAACAGGACUUUGAGGAGAAACAACGUGCGCUGGAAAGGCAGAAACAGUUGGAGCUCGAACAGAAACAGCAACUACAAGAACUGGAGAGAGCGAGACUUAGAGAACUGGAAAAAGAGCGGCAACGACACCUUGAGAAAGAAAAGCGCAGAGAAUUGGAGAGGCAGAGAAGAGAGAAGGUGCGAGAGCAGGAAAAGGAGAGACAGCGGGAACAGGAGAGGCAAAGACAAAGGGAGGAAGAGAGGCAGAGCGAGCUGGACAAGGAAAGACGGCUGCUGGAAAUCCAAAAGGAGAAACAGAAAAUGGAGGAGCUGGAGAGAAUUAAAGAGCUGGAGACACUGCAGCUCUUAGAGUUUCAAAAGCAGAAGCAGAAAGAGAAGGAGAGGCAGCAGCUCGUGGAGCUUGAGAAGCAGAGACUUAAAGAGAAGAAGGAGAGAGAGGAGGCAGACAAGCUCAAACAGAUGGCAUUAGAACAGGAAAUGCUGAAAAUGAAAGAGCUCGAAAGACAAAGGGAGAUGGAGAAGGAGCACCAGAAAGAGAUCGAGAGGGAAAAGCAGAGAGAGCUGGAGAGACAGAGACACCGAGAUAUAGAGCGGGAGAGACAGAGACAACUAGACCUUGAGAGACAAGAGUUAGAAAACCAAAGGCUGCGACAACGAGAGCUGGAGAAGGAAAGGCAGAGGAAGGAGGAGAUGGAGAGAAUCCGAGAGGUGGAGAGAAGACAGUUCUUGGAGUUGGAGAAGCAAAAGCAGGCCGAGAGGGACCGGCUACAAAUGUUGGAGCUAGAGAAACGCAGGCUGAGGGAGAGGAUGGAAAGGGAGGAGGCAGAUCAAAUGAGACAGAUAGCCAAACAGCAAGAAGCAGAGAGGCAGCGACUAAAAGAGCGAGAGGAACGGCAAAAGAAAGAGGAACAGGAGAGGGCGAGGUUGGAGACCUCACCCCUCAGGCCUAAAGUCUUGGAUCUGGACUCUGUGCUCCGAAAUGAGCCGCUUUCCAGGGCCGCCUCCCAGCGCAGUGACCCUGCAACUCGUUGGAAGGAGCUGUCUCCGCGAGCAGAAGAGGUGUACAAACCCGCCAUCCUUGACAUCGACUCCUUCACGUCUCAAGCUCAGCUCUCCCCCAGUAAAGACUUGUUUCCUGUUUCUGGCAUUCAGGGCGUAGACACCGGGUUCGGCGCUAGACUACAGCCUGCGCCUGAUGUCGACGUCAGCUGGAGGGUGCCACCACAGGCUUCAGUAGGUUUCACAAGCCCAGGGUGGACGACGUCUCCCCAGGACCCGUGGGAGCUGCGGCCUGUUGAGAUGUCUGUGGACAAGCCCGUGGCCGAACCCAGAAAACAUGGCAACAAAGUCAGCCCGGAGCAGCUCCUCCUCAGGCAGGAAGACCGGCUCCUCGCUCCACAGAGGCACUGGUCUGCUGUGCCAGAUGAGCCGCUUCGCUUGGCCCCUCUGCCCGGCACAGAAGCCAAAAGUGGAGGCUCUCCAGGUGGGGUCUCCAGCAGCGCCCCUGCCGAGCAGAUAUGGCUCCCCAGAGAGCCACCGCCUCAGGAGAGCAGCAGGGGAGAGGUCCGGAUCCCCAGGAGAUCACAGGGAUCUCAGGAGUUGAGCAGGAUGCGCUCUCGCAGUGUGUCCCGGCGAUCCGCUCCUUUGAGCAGUGCCGUGGAGGGAAACCUCUCCAGGAUAAGGAGUCGCAGCGCCCACAGAGAGCAGGACCUCAACAGCUGGGAGCAGCAGAAGCAAAGUGUCGGUGGUGAAGAGGAGGGGCAGGACUCGGGAACACCGGUCCGUGACAGCGACAGUCAGUAUGGGACCUGGGAGACAGGACUGCGCACCGAUGACAGCCUCAGUCCUGCCACUCCCACUUCAGAAAGCAAUCUCAGCCCUUCACCAAGAAAGCCCACUCCCCCACACACGCCAGGUGAUCGCGCCUCGCAGUUUGAUACUGACGCUCUGGACAGCCUCCCUCCCUCGUCCUCAGCGGAGAGCCAGCAGCUCCCUUUCCCUGAGGCUCCGACCACUCUGUUAGACACCAGCGCUCUCCGCUCCAGGGCCCACCUGGUGAAGAAACGGGCCCCGCGGACACGGCCGUCCAGAGCUGCCCGCCAGACUGCAGCACUGUCCGAGAGCGAGGGAGGAACCACGGAGGACUGGCUUUACAGGGACUCCACAGAGGCAAAGGCUGAAAGUAAGGACGAUGACUCUGACUCUGAGGAGCGGGCCAGAGGAGCUGACGCCAGCCCCGCGGUUUCCUCUCAGCCACAGAGGGUCGCCAUGUUCCCUGGGAUGGACCCCUCAGCUUUAAAGGCCCAGCUGAAGAAGAGGAGCGACUCUGACAAUCAAAUCGAUGGACCCACUCCCUCUCCUUCCCAGCUUUCCCGCUCUCCCAAGUCCCCCUUUCUCCCCAGGGCAGCGCGUGUACUGCCCCCACCUGGCGGGAAAGAGAAUGGUGAGGAGGACUCGCCCCAGUGGUUAAAAGAGCUGAAGUCCAAGAAGCGCUUGAGUCAGUAUGAAAAUGACUGCUAGGAAUGAGGUUGCCUUAACAGAAGAAUCUAUAUGAAACAGAAGCCUUAACGUUCGACCCAGAGAGUAGGAGAGGUGAAUCUACAGCUGCUGAUAUAUAUAUAUUUUUUUUCUUUUUUCUUCUUUCUCAAUUUUGUUUAUGUUCUCUUCCCAUCUGGGUUGAUUAAUGUGCAUGGUGCCUUUUUUUAUGGAGGGUCUCUGUCUUAUGGAGAGAAAAAAAAGAAAAGCAAGCGAGGAGAAGAAGGCUGCUCUGCUUUUAUCCAUUUCAUGCUGGAACCUGUCGACGCUCUCCUGCACCAGGAGGCCCUUCACAUGAACGCUUUAAUAGGGACCAGGAGAAGUUGGGAGAAAAGGUGAUUUAUUGGCGACUACUUCCUGUCACGCAUUUCGGGAAACGGUUAACACGUAUGGGACCACUACGCCUCUUUAUCCCGGACGUGCUUCAUCACGCGCCGGAGGACAAUCCAGCCGAUCUUCCUCUUCAAGAUGUUUGCGCUGACGUUUUCUUUACUCGACUCGUACGUACAAGUUGGCUGCGUCUGCGUGGGACAUAAUACGCGGCGUCAGUCAGCGGAGGUUGUUGACGGGAGUCCCACAAGCAUUGCCAUAGGAUAACAUUUCAUACAGUAAUGAUUUUCCUUCUUGAACAUAUUAGAACAAAAUCACGGCUGAGUUGAUUGCCAGCGGGAGUGUAUAUCAUGUUAGUAACUGUAAUCAGGAGAUGUUAUAACUGUAUUAUCAUUGAUUUAACAGAGACAGAGAGCUAGUUUUUAAAACCUUAAGAUGCAUCACUACAAUAGACUUUGUCACACUCCCACAACCCUAACCGUGUCACAGUCGCUGCAUACUGUGUAUAUAUAUGUAUGUUUUUGUCUAAAUAUAUUUUUGUCUUUGUGGAAGGACGGGGGACUUUUGGCCAAGUGACUUUGCAUCUGUCAAUCAUGCACACUCCUUAUCAGCACAAAUACACUCUUCAAAAACAUUACUCAGCCGGUCUUCCCUCCUUUUGACAGAUUGAAUGAUUGUGGCUGUUCACGUUCAUUAUAAGUCAUACUUUCACCUCGUAGCCCUCACACACACUGCUCCAUCAUGUUUUGACAGUGUUGUUUUAUUUCCAACGAAUGUGCAACUUCCCUCGAUUUUUGCCCCCAAUUAAUGUGCAUGCACAAUCUUUGCUGUCAAACCCGGCAUUGCUCAAACCGACUGGCUCCGAGUGUCGGAGCGCGGGGGGGGGGAGGUGUUGGCUACCCGCUACUCCAGCGGAGGGAUGGUUUGUCCACUACACUGUUUAAAUGACUCUAGCCUCUAUGAACAUUUGCACCUGCUUUUCAACUUAAACUGUAAUCUUCCUUUUUCACACUUCUAUAAAGCACUUUGUCACUUGAUGCACUACAGCACUGACCUCUGCCCCCUCUUUUGUUCGCCAUGUCUCGUGCAAGCGAAUGUGUUGACGGAGUCUUCGGAGUGAUUGUCCCUGUUUUUCUAUGUCCAUGACGUUUUUACUUUGUCGUGAAAUUUAAUGUUUGACUUUUUUUUUUUUUAUGUCCUUAUUUGUCCUUAUUGUUUUUUUUUUUUUUUUUUUUUUUAUUUGAAAGUAAAGAUGCAUAUUGCACUGUGUUGUUCAGGCCAGUGUACUAAAAGUGAGUACAUUCUUAAUAAAAUGUACUUGACUUGA